UCAGUCAGGCUUGCAUAUUAUUUUCCAAGUUGACUAUUUACAAUUACCUAAUCAUAACAUAAAACAAGCAGGAAGAGAUGUCUUGGCUUACCAGUACAUUUCAAAAGCUGUGGAGUGCCGGAAUCCUCGCGACAAGGUCUAAACCGUUGGCAUUAACUUCGUCGACAACUGUACGCCAACUUUCACAUGCCGAGCGCCGGGCACGCGGUCCCACGGUGCGACGAUAUGGCUACAAGGACAAGCUGUUCCAGAGUGGUCUUCUGCCGCAUUUAGAUAAUGGCCAGAAGCUACCCAUGCCGGUGUAUCGACCCAAAAAUGCCUGGUCGGAAAAGCGCGCACUUUUUGGUCAAAAUGACUACAUCGAUAUACUGGGCAAUGAUCGGCUGCAUCCAACCCGAGUGCUAUACUCAGUACCUUCCUGGUUGCGCGGCGUCUCAGGCAAUGAGUAUCAGGUGCUUCUGCGAAAGCGUCGCCUCAUGGAGAAAACCAAAUAUCCCAUCGCACGACCAACCAAGUGGAGGGAAAUGGAGAAGCGUAUCUUGUAUCUGUAUAAAUUCCUCAAUAGGAAAACAAAAACAGGAUACUCCAAACAGUAAUCCUACAGUCUUAAGUUGAAUAAAAUGUUUCGUUUUA